AUGGAUCGCGCCACGGCAAGGCUGGAGUUGCCGUGGAAGCGGGCCAAGAAAGUGAUGUCGCAAGGUCGCCUCGAUGAGCGUUUUCUUUCUGGCCAUAACCCUCCAGCUCAGGAGUUAUACUUGGUGAAAUGGAAGGGCUACCCAGAAUCCAGCAACACAUGGGAACCACGGAGGAACCUGAAGUGCAUAGAUCUUCUCAACCAGUUCUGGGAGGACCUGAAUGCAGAGAUGCAGAGACAGAAGAAACGUGCUGCCCCUCGUCGCCUAGACCCUGCCACUGUGUCACAGCUCAUCCAGCGGGCGAAACUCCGACAGACCCUUAAACAGUGGGAGACGCACCUCAACGGCUUGGGCACCCACAAGGGCCACAUCUACGUACGGAACCAGGUCGACCUGGAAGGCCCACCUAAGAACUUCACCUACAUAAAUGACUAUAAAGUCGGUGAUGGGAUCAUGCUGAAUGAGGUAUCCGUGGGCUGCGAAUGUACAGACUGCCUUGGCAACCCUGUGGAGGGAUGCUGUGCCGGAGCGUCUCAGCACAAGUUUGCUUACAAUGAGUUAGGCCAGGUCCGCAUCCGGCCUGGGUUGCCCAUUUACGAAUGCAACAAGCGGUGCCAUUGCGGGAUCGACUGCCCCAACAGAGUGGUGCAGAGGGGAAUUCAGUAUUCCCUCUGCAUUUUUAAGACAGACAAUGGAAGGGGAUGGGGGGUAAAGACCAUGGAGCGCAUUCGGAAGAACACUUUCGUUAUGGAGUACGUCGGGGAGAUCAUUACAACAGAAGAAGCAGAUUGCAGAGGUCACAUAUACGAUAAAGAAGGCGCCACCUAUCUUUUUGACCUGGAUUAUGUUGACGACGAGUACACCGUGGAUGCUGCUCACUAUGGAAACAUCUCUCACUUUGUCAAUCACAGUUGUGACCCCAACCUCCAGGUAUAUAAUGUGUUUAUUGAUAACCUGGAUGAGCGGCUGCCGCGGAUAGCGUUCUUUGCCACACGUGGGAUAAAGGCAGGAGAGGAGCUCACAUUUGACUACAAAAUGAAAACCCUGAGUCUAGAGCGAUGUUCCCGGAGAACAUCAGACAGUCAGGGGGCAGAGGAGGUGGUGCGUGAUGGUCUGGAUGAAAGGGGGCAAAAGUUGUCUAAGCAAGAUAUUAGAGUGGAGCAGAGAGUGUCAGUAGCACUGUUUGUGUCCAGUGCUGAAAACUGA